UAUAGUAGGAAUACUAGUUUCUUAAGUCUAUUCAUGAGAGGAAAGAGAAGUGUGAGUCUGUGCUUGCAGUUGCCAUUCCGUGUGGCAUAUGCGUUGGCUUUUGAUUGAUCACAAUAUCACACAAAUUGUGUCGAGUCUCGGAAGGAAAGUUGCAGAGUGAGGGAGGCAACCUGGUGAAGUUGGUUUUGUCACCAAUUACUGAAAGCAGCAUAAAUGGGAAAGAGGGAGGAGUUAUCCACAACAUGACAGAAGGUGGGAAUGAAGAGGUUCAUAGGGGCAGAUCUUUUCAGGUGCUAGUGAAUCUAAAGACCCGCAAGAUAUUCACUCCCAGGGCUGAGCGACAAGAAAUGGUACCAUGGACAGCGGCAGAGUCGCCAGCAGCGCCUAUCAAUAGGAAUCUCUGAUUGCUGUGCCACUGGGAAUUUACGAGAAUACACUCCGAAGCUCCGACUGUGUAAAGUAAAGCAGGUUUAUACCCACCAAGGAAAAUGCCAGUUCUAAAGAAAUCCUCCUUAGGAAACACAGAGGGCAAAAGCUGUGAAGAUGCAAAGGUGCUACCAAAACUCCCUGUGCCUCCUCUCAAGCAAACUAUGGACAUGUAUCUCAGGUGCAUGAAACAUUUGGUAACAGAGGAACAGUACAAGAAAAGCAAGGCCAUAGUAGAUACAUUUGUGAUGCCAGGUGGUGUGGGCGAAACAUUACAGCAAAAACUAUUAGAGAGGAGAGAAAACAUGGAAAACUGGAUACACCAAUACUGGCUGGAUGAUAUGUAUUUGAACAAUCGUUUGCCUCUUCCAGUAAAUUCCAGUCCAGCUGUUAUAUUCGCUCAGCAUAACUUUAAGGAUACUACUGACCAGUUGAGGUUUGCUGCCAACCUUAUCUCUGGUGUGCUGGAUUACAAAACCAUGCUGGAUUCGCAGGAUCUGCCUGUUGAUUAUGCUCGGGGUCAGCUUUCAGGACAACCUAUGUGUAUGAAACAGUACUAUGGUCUCUUCUCUUCAUACCGCCUUCCAGGAACCACCAAAGAUACAUUAGUGGCACAGGAAAGCAGAAUCAUGCCUGAGCCUGAACACAUUAUUGUUGCAUGUAAAAAUCAGUUCUUUGUUUUAGAUGUUGGAAUUCAUUUCCGUCAUCUUAGUGAGGGGGAUUUGUUCACCCAGCUGUGUAAAAUUGACAGAAUGGCAAAGAAUGAAGAAGUGAUGCUUCCUCCUAUUGGCAUAUUAACAUCAGAUGGACGAACUGAGUGGGCCCACGCCCGGCAAAUACUAAUGAAAGAUUCAACAAACCGUGAUUCUUUGGAUAUGAUUGAACGGUGCAUGUGCAUAGUUUGUUUGGAUGCUCAAACGAAGGUGGAGCUAAAUGACACCAACAGGGCUUUGCAGUUACUGCAUGGAGGGGGCAUUGGGAGAAAUGGAGGCAACCGAUGGUAUGAUAAACCCAUGCAGUUUGUCGUGGGAAGUGAUGGAGUUUGUGGUACAAUUUGUGAGCACUCUCCAUUUGAUGGAAUCGUCCUUGUACAAUGUACAGAACACCUCCUUAAAUACAUGAAAAAUAGUCCCAAAAAAUUAGUGAGAGCAGAUUCUGUCAGUGAGUUACCAGCUCCAAGAAGACUUCGGUGGAAAUGUUCUCCAGAAAUUCAGGGGCACUUACAAUCCUCAGCACAUAAACUCCAAAGAAUUGUGAACAAUCUGGAUUUCACUGUUUAUAAGUUCAAGAAGUACGGAAAAGAGUUUAUCAAGAAACAAAGAAUGAGCCCUGAUGCUUUCAUUCAAGUAGCAAUUCAGCUUGCAUUUUACAGCUGUCACAGAAAACUUGUGCCCACCUACGAGAGUGCGUCUAUUCGACGAUUUCAAAUGGGUCGUGUUGACAACAUAAGGUCAUCAACUGCAGAAGCAUUAGCAUUUGUGAAAUCAAUGGUUGAUGGGAAAACAACAGUAACGGAUAUAGAAAAGAUGGAGUGCCUGAGGUCAGCAAUAAAGUCUCAGACAGAUUAUACAAUUCAAGCCAUUACCGGGAUGGCAAUAGACAACCACUUACUCGCACUAAGGGAGUUAGCACAAGAACAUUUCAAGGAACUGCCUGAGCUCUUUAGAGAUGAGAUGUACUUAACUAGCAAUCGAUUCAUCCUCUCUACCAGUCAGGUUCCAACAACAAUGGAAAUGUUUUGCUGCUAUGGCCCUGUUGUCCCAAAUGGGUAUGGCUGUUGUUAUAAUCCACAGCCGGAACACAUCCUCUUCUGCGUCUCAAGCUAUCGUGACUGCAAAGAUACAUCCUCAACAACAUUUGUCAAAGCUGUAGAAGAAAGUCUCCUUGCUAUGAGGAAUUUAUGCUUAACGUGUAAUUGUGAGGUCCAAACACCAGUCAAAGAGAAAAAGGCACAAAAGGGGACCAAGCCAUAGCGGCUUUAUUUUGCUAUGCAAAAAUAUAGGAUAGGCAAGAUAGUCAAAGUAUUUUCUUUAAUUAUAUUUUUAUGGCAACCAAUAAGUAAAUAACAAACAUCAGGACAAUUUCUUUAUUUUAUAUAACACUUAUACCUAAUUAAAUCAGAUUCUUUCAGAAAAAACAUAUUUAUGUUUCACCAUAUGUAGUGGCAUGAAAUUCUGCUGCAGUGUCUGAAACUCCUGUAAUUUCAAUUUUGCCCCAGAUUUAUUACAGCUAAUUAGACCACUAAAACUAAGCAUUAAAGCAUUAUUUAAAGCAUUAAAAUAUUUUUAUCUAAAAAUAACUGUAGGUUUUAGCAGGCCUUUUGGUAGUAGUUCAUAAAAAAAUAUUUUCUAAAACCAUACUAAAUACAAUAGUUAAGGUAAGCCAACAAAUAAAAAAAGUUCCAAACGCAGAAGAGAAGAUUGCAUUUAGUAAUACUCAAGUCCUCAGUCUAAUGCUAACGGCCCAAGGGGUUUUGUUACCAAAACAAAAUCACCUUUCCAGCACACUACACAACACCCUGUGUCCUCACCCUAAAUUAAAUAAUAGAUGUUUACAUAUACAGGAACAAAGUAAAUAGGGGGUUAUUUAUCAAAGUCCGAAUUUAUCUCUAUAUUUUCUGAAAAAAACUCAGACCAAAUCCGCACAGG